CAUACAUACACACAUGCCUCCUACACAAUUACCUUUUAUAUUCAUGACAAACAUUUACAUUAUUAAUGACACCAGAAAUGAAGGUAACAAAAUAUGUUUUAGCUGCUGAGCAACCUACCCAUUUCACAAUGCCUUUUCAUUGACGUUGUAUGACCAAUAUUCUCCACUUUACAUUUAAACUUUAGACAAUAACAUCUCAUGCAGAAUGUAAUAGUUUUACUGUCACAUCAUUAGUUUUAUUGUCACAAAACAGCACAGGUGGGGGAUAUUUGAAGUAGCCAGUUGUUGCUGGAGGGAGAAGGAGCCAGUCAGAGCGCACGACGAGACGUGGCGGGUAGCAGUCUGUCAACGAGGGUAAUAUCCCGGUGUGAGCCAGCGCACGGGCAUACAGAGCGAGAGGAGCGCACCCGUCCCGGACACUUUACACUAGGCUGGCUACAUCCUGUGUUACAAAUUUAUAUAUGAAGAAAAGCAAUCAGGUGGUCCAGAAUGGAAAUUUGUAGAAUUUCUUUACAACUGCAAAAAGGCGAAUAAAACGAGAGUACUGGUGAGACAGACGGUGGUGAGGCUGAGGCAGGCUGUGAUGCAUGGAGGAGGAGGCAGAGGAGACAGAGAGAGAGAGGAAGCCAGCAGAGAGAAAGGUUCCAUGACUUUAUGGAGACAUUUUCAUUUGUAAUUCCGGAGACAUUUCUUCCCAUUCUUUCCAAGAAGUGACGCAACAUCAACACUCCCAGUAAGCUGGACACAGGAAUAUUUGUUGUGUUACAAGAGCCAGAGCACCCAGACAGACCAAGUCUCGACGUACAGGUUACUGAUUACAUGAUUUUAUUGGUUUUAUUAUGGGUUUUCAUUGAGCUAUUACAAAUGAAGAUGAAAACCAUGGAGGGUUAGAGACGGUGAGUCCAUCCUGCCCUUUUGCUCCUUACCGACUUACAUUCUCAGAAUGUCCACAAGACAAGACCUACCUGCUUACAUCAUCAGAGCAUCUGUUUUCACAAAGGAGAUCUGAAGUCAUGGUUGUAUCUCUGUUUAUGCUGAUUGUUGGUUGGUCUGUAUUGUCAUGUUAUUACCAGGUUGGCAAGGACACAGGAGAGGCGUCAUGGGAGGAACAAAGCGGGAUAAGAAACCAGACGGGAUAAGAAAUGUGACGACUGACUGAGCAAAAGAAGAAAACGCCAGAGAAAGAAGGAAAGAGAGAAGGAUUGUGUGUUCUCUACUUUCUCAGAAGUGCAGCCCCUAAAUUCCUGUUACUAUGCCUGAGAGAGGGAGGGCAGCAGACCAGUCAAAAUGAACCCCUACGUCACCUCUCACUUUAGGAGGGAUCUCUUUCCCCACUUCCACUUGUUGUAGAGGCUUAUCUUAUCUUCUCCCCUCUCUUACUGUUUAUGUGACAUGACAACACCUUUCUCUGUGUAAACCUAGGACAGUAGGUAACAUCUGUCUCUGUGUAAACCUUGGACAGCAGGUAACAUCUGUCUCUGUGUAAACCUAGGACAGUAGGUAACAUCUGUCUCUGUGUAAACCUAGGACAGCAGGUAACAUCUGUCUCUGUGUAAACCUAGGACAGCAGGUAACACCUGUCUCUGUGUAAACCUAGGACAGUAGGUAACAUCUGUCUCUGUGUAAACCUAGGACAGUAGGUAACAUCUGUCUCUGUGUAAACCUAGGACAGUAGGUAACACCUGUCUCUGUGUAAACCUAGGUCAGUAGGUAACACCUGUCUCUGUGUAAAUCUAGGACAGUAGGUAACACCUGUCUCUGUGUAAACCUAGGACACUAGGUAACACCUGUCUCUGUGUAAACCUAGGACAGUAGGUAACACCUGUCUCUGUGUAAACCUAGGACAGUAGGUAACAUCUGUCCCUGUGUAAACCUAGGACAGUAGGUAACACCUGUCUCUGUGUAAACCUAGGACAGUAGGUAACACCUGUCUCUGUGUAAACCUAGGACAGUAGGUAACACCUGUCUCUGUGUAAACCUAGGACAGUAGGUAACAUCUGUCUCUGUGUAAACCUAGGACAGUAGGUAACACCUGUCUCUGUGUAAACCUAGGACAGUAGGUAACACCUGUCUCUGUGUAAACCUAGGACAGUAGGUAACACCUGUCUCUGUGUAAACCUAGGACAGUAGGUAACACCUGUCUCUGUGUAAACCUAGGACAGUAGGUAACACCUGUCUCUGUGUAAACCUAGGACAGUAGGUAACAUCUGUCUCUGUGUAAACCUUGGACAGUAGGUAACAUCUGUCUCUGUGUAAACCUAGGACAGUAGGUAACAUCUGUCUCUGUGUAAACCUUGGACACCAGGUAACAUCUGUCUCUGUGUAAACCUUGGACACCAGGUAACGACUGUCUCCUGUGUUGUGCCUUCGUUGCUCUUAGUCAGGGUGUCCUCAGUGAUCUGGUCAAGGUGUUACACUGUAAACUGUCCUCAGGGAGCUGGUGAAGGGUUGAACUGUUCCUCAGGGACCUAGUAACAUGUUUAGCUUGUUCACUGGGGGUCAAAGACUUGCCAGCGUUCGAAAACCACAGUCCACUGGAAAUGUGUACGGAAGGUAAAGUCUAAUAUCGCAACCAAACCUUUUUUAUGUCAUUUGGAUUUGCCCUGAAUCAAACCUUUUGAGUUUUCUUUGUUUUUUUAUCCCUAAGGGAUUUGGCAUGCAACAAACAAAAAAAUCUCUCUUCCCAAAAUAUUACCUUUGUUUGCCUCAGUGGGUUGUUGUUUUUACCCAGUUUUCCUUGCACGUCCUCUUCACAUUAUUGCCACAUUUUUCCAAAGGAAUUAGACUGGAAGCUUUUCUGAAAUGGAUAAACAUGUGUGUUCUCUGUCAAGCAGGGGUGUUGAGUGUGACACUUGAACCAAGAGGAGAGAACUAAAACCAACCCGUUUGGAAAAAACAAGGACACGGCACCUCCCGUCCCAGGAUUGGACAGGAUUUGACCUCUGAAAUAACCUUUGAACUCUGAGUUUUCGUAGAGGUCAUCCACGGGUGUAUGCCCUGUGUGCCUGUUACCCCUCCCCUCUUUCCCCACAACCGGCCAAUAGGAUUCUGCUCCUCCUACACAUUCACUUUGACUCUAUAAUAGGUGUUGUAUAGAAUUAAUCCUGGUGUCAUAUGUAUAGGAUGGUACACAACAAUAAGUACACAGAAAGUACACACAAUUGUACAUGCCUUGCGUUCUAGUCAAGUAAUUUAAUUGUCUCUCCUUUUAUUUAUUGUCUUUCUCCCUCUCUUUCCCUCACUCCCUCUGUUAUAGAGAAUUCUCCCAUGCAGUUGUAGUUAAUAUCAUGUAGCUGAUCUGGUCAGUAGUCAGUCUGUGCAGUGUGUUCUGUACUGAAUUGACAAUGCCUUUAGGAGAAACACAGAGUCUCUCAGGAAUAGGAUAUCCAGCAGUCACCUGAGAGAGCCACAAACAUAUUUCAAAUGUCUCUAAAAGUCUGCUUUUGUUGUGCCAAGAACUCACCACUGACAUUUGAGGACUUUUGUGGCUUGGAAAAGAUACUUGGAUUUGAGGGCAAACUGCUGGUCACAGUCUCCCACUUGAGAGAGACACUGAGUGAGUAUUAUUUACACAGUGCAUGGCUACUGUAGCUCAUAAAUGUGUUCCAAGGCCCUGUAGCAAAGGAAACAUAGAUAUAAAAGGGUGGAGGAACAUACUCUGACUGAUAGGAAGUGAAUGGAUUGGAAUUGUGUACCAUUAUCUGAAUCAAUAGUCUAAGGAGUUCCUCCUCUGUUUCAAUCUGCCUUGUGUAUUUUCCAUGACCAAACCACUGGGAAGUGAAGAUCAUGGAACGUAAGAAACAGCAUGCUAUUAUUUUCUCUGCUGGUUGCAUGUUAGAUACGUGUUAGAAACAUAGACACCGUUUGACUGUACUUUACUGUGGAUCUACCCCUGGACUCUGUAUUGUCAUAUUGCACUUUAGUGAAUGUGGGGAGUAUAUAUCCUCCUUACUACUACCCCAUUGUAUCCCAAGCUCUCAUCCUUUCAAGCUUCUCAGUUCCUGUAGCCUGAUCAAUGUGUUUCCCUUGUGCUGUUUCAAACUGUCAGCAAAACUCCUGCUUCCUUGUAAGAUGGCCACAGACUAUGGGUCCCUCCUGUUGAUACCCUGGACACGUGUGUAACCUCCCUCUUCAGCCCAAAGGAGUGUAAGUACUACAGGGACUAUACAGUAUUACUGCGAGACUGUGUAUCUGCUGCUGUGGAAUACGUUUCUGACCAGAGGAGUAUAUACAGCAACAACUUGACCACUGAGUUUCCUUCAAGAGAAUGGAAGGAAGACUGUGAAUCAGGACACUGUAGAGCUGUGAGUAACCCUGACUGUUAAUAAAAAGUUAGUGGAACAAUGAUCCGGGAAGUGAGGGAAGUCAUCUACUGCUGGAUACAGUUUUCCCUCAUGGAUUUACCUUUACCACAUCAGAUGGAUUACUUUUCACCAUAGAAACAGUGGAACUGGAAAGAAGUACAGAACACCAGGUUCUUAUCAAUACCUAGGUGGUCAUAAACUCACAAGCACAUAGGAGUUGAGACUACAGCUUCAUCAGCGUAAGACAUUGUAUUUAGCACCAUGGGAGCGGCGCGUGUUAAGCGACGUUUCAGUGCGGUGGUUGACGGGCUGGUAGACGAGGAGGAAGUCAUUAAGCUGGCUCUGAGUGUUGCUGACACGGCCAGGGUGGGGGGGAGCACGGGAGGCUCAGGGAGCCCCACCAGUCUCUCUCCCACACACAACCGAAAUGGCAAAGCACUGCAGGGCAACGGCAGCAAUGCACGGAGGCCCAGCGGAGCCCUGGAGGCAGGAGGAGGGGAAGGAUUGAUGAAAGGAGGAGGGCGCUCAGGACUGAGGGGUGGGAGGGGCGGAAGUCUGGGGAGAAGGGGAGAAGGCUGUUCGUCCUCAGACCGAGAUUCAACACUGUCGUCCCCUUCCUCCUCAAGCCGCCGGCCCACCCGGCACUCUAGACGCCGGCCCCGCCACCGCUUUGUGGGCAAGGACGGGCGCUGCAACGUCACCUUCGUCAACAUGAGCGAGAGAGGCCAGCGUUACCUCAGCGACCUCUUCACCACCUGCGUGGACAUCCGCUGGCGUUGGAUGCUAGUCAUCUUCUGCCUCUCCUUCCUCCUCUCCUGGCUGCUCUUUGGCUUCGCCUUCUGGCUCAUUGCCGCCGCGCACGGGGACUUCGCCAUCCGCCUCAACCCCAGCUCGGGUGCCUCUUCCGGGGGAGGAGAUGAGUCCGGAGCAGGGGCGGUGGUGGAAGUGGAGGAAACGUGUUUCGUUCAGGUGAACAGCUUUAUGGCGGCCUUCCUGUUCUCCCUGGAGACGCAGACGUCCAUUGGUUACGGCUUCCGCAGCGUGACUGAGGCCUGCCCCCUGGCGGUGAUGGCGGUCGUUUUGCAGUGCAUUGUGGGCUGCAUCAUCGACGCCUUCAUCAUCGGAGCGGUCAUGGCGAAGAUCGCUAAGCCCAAGAAGCGUAACGAGACGCUGUUGUUCUCUGACACGGCAGUGGUGGCGCUGAGAGACGGGAAACUCUGCAUGAUGUGGAGGGUGGGGAACCUACGCAAGAGCCACCUGGUAGAGGCACACGUACGUGCACAGCUAUUGAAGCCGAGGGUGACCCCAGAGGGAGAGUUCCUCCCGCUGGACAACGAGGACAUCAACGUGGGAUUCGACACGGGAACCGACCGCAUCUUCCUGGUUUCCCCGGUAACCAUCGUCCACGAGAUCAACGAUGAGUCGCCGUUUUUCGAGAUGGACCGUCGGACUCUGGAGGGCGACGCGGAGCUGGAGGUGGUGGUCAUUCUGGAGGGUAUGGUGGAGGCCACAGCCAUGACCACACAGUGUCGCAGCUCCUACCUCGCCUCCGAGAUCCUCUGGGGUCACCGCUUCGAACCUGUGCUCUUCGAGAGGAAGAACUGUUACCAGGUGGACUACUCGUUCUUCCACCGGACCUAUAAGAUUCCCAGCACACCCUCUUGCAGCGCUAAAGAGUUGGCCGAGCAGAAGUACAUCCAGGGCUCACGCUCCUCCUUCUGCUACGAGAACGAAGUAGCCCUGCAGCUCGUCUCCCCUGACAAUGACCCUGAGGGCAACCCUGGCGGCUGCCCCUCAUCCCUGACCCAACGAUCCUCCCUCUCACAACCCACCCACACUAACUAGGGAGGCGACAGACAGAGGGGACAGGAAGUGACCUGGGAUCCACAGGAAGUCAGGGACAGACAGAGGGAGAGAGAGGCAGAAAGAGAGACAGGCUUCAUAGGGAAAGAGACCAAAGUAGAGAAAGGUAAGUACAUGAUUUAGGGAAAAGGACAACAUUGAGAGACUGAAGUUGAGAGAGGUGUAGAAAGAGAAACAGAAGACACCACAAAGACGCCGAGAGACAAACGGAGAGAGAGAGAUACUGUAUACUGUCAAACAGAGAGAAACGGACAGACAGAUAGGACAGAAAAGGAGAGAGAGGGAUAGAAAGAGAGAAAGAGAGAGAGAAGUGUCAUUGAAAGGGGUAGAUGGGCUGCUGCUACUCUGACUGUGUUAGCUGAUUUGGACAUAGCGAUCUUUCAGAAUCAUUAUGAACCCGUCUGUCUCAGACCCGUCCCGUCAACCAACCGCUACAUUCACCACUGGCUCCAGCACCUAGCUGACCACACAUACAACACUGACCCCUAUUGGCUUCAGUCUGUACCUGCAGCUCCUGUUCAGUUACAACUCACACUGGACACAUGGGAGUAAGGUGAAGCUGCCCCCUAGACACUGAGCUAUGACCAGUUUAGUGUUUCUGCCCCCUAAUGGUGAAGGUUAGGUUUUGGAGAGGCUAAGCUGAUCCUAGAUCUGUGCCUACGGGUAACUUCUACACCAAACCUGUUGAUGUUGAAUACUGUGUGACAGAAUGAGGUAAAAUGGUGUAUUGACAUUGAGGGAUGUUUGUUGAAAGACAAGGCAUUAUUGAUAUGUUUUUGAUUCUGGUCAUUUGUGUUCUGUCAGGGUUUGAGCAGGUCUGUUGUGUUAGACUGCUAUGUAGCAAAAUGGAUACAGAGAAACAGCUGAAAAUAAGCAGCGAUUUUAAGCUGUUUCUUUGACUUGUACUGUAUGUUGUUAUUCUGUAUUUAUAAUGCAAGACUAUUAUAUAUUUGCUUUAUUUAAUCAAACAUGUUGCUUGUUCAACUGGGUGCAGUGUCAGCACAAAACCAUAUGAGUGCAUCGUCUGGUAACAUGUUAUUUGAAGGUCUACUUCUAAACUUAUGAUUGAUUGUUUAAUAUGGUUAACUAUGGUUAACAAACAAAGGUUUAUAAGUACUUUGUAAGCAGAACUUUGAUUAAAAUGUUACCUUAUGUUAUUU